UGAAAAAUUAGAAGGCAGACCAAAAAUUAUGAUUUACACUUCUUUAAAAAAAUCUCUUGAAUUUUGGUCUAAUUUAACUAUUUUUAGGGAUCUGACUCAUGAUUUUUGGAAUUGGCAAUACUAAGAUUAUGAAAUAAUUUCCAUCAGUCUUUGCUGUCAGUGUGUCUUUGAGUCUGAUUUACAAGUAGAUCUGUGAUGAGUGUGGUUUGUAAAUUAGGAAUAUAUGUAAAUUAGAAUAAACCAAAGCUAGGCUACAGAAAUAUGAAAGGAUCCUUUAUCAUCAAAAACAGUUUUUUUGGGCUGCAGUUUUAGUGAGCUGUUCCAGGACAAAGCAUUUUAAUGACAGAGGUAGGCCAGUGAGGUCAUUGUGAUGUCAGUGUUCCUGCUUGUAAUCCUGCACAUGCUUGCUAGUUUGGAACAUUUCAUGUUGGGCUGUGAUAGAGCAACAAGAGAAUCCCAUAUGCAAAAGCUGAUCAUGGCUGUAACAGGAGAUGAAACAGCUGCCACUGGAGACAUGCCAACUUACCAGAUCCGAACUCCCACCACAGCCUUGCCUCAAGGAGUGGUAAUGGCAGCCUCACCAGGAACUUUGCACAGCCCUCAGCAGCUAGCAGAAGAGGCAACACGCAAAAGGGAACUGAGACUUAUGAAAAAUAGGGAAGCUGCUAAAGAAUGUCGACGUCGGAAGAAAGAAUACAUAAAAUGUCUGGAGAGUCGUGUUGCAGUGCUAGAAGUUCAGAACAAGAAACUUAUAGAGGAGCUUGAAACCCUAAAAGACAUUUGUUCUUCCAAAACAGAUUAGUAGAAAUAUUUAUUAUGCUGUGAACUGAUUACAACAUGUCCAGUUGCUUUUGAAGACAAUACCUAGCCAAUAAGAAUUACGACUUUUUCUUUGUGUCAUUUAUCUUAUACUGCAACCCCUAACAUUCCUGAAAUACUUUUUUGCAUUUUGUAGAUUCUUAGAUAUAACUUCAUUUUUUUUCCAAAGGAGACAAAUUUUAAAGUGUGUGUAACAUGGUUAAAAGUGCAACAUUUAUAAGAGCUGUUCCAUUGCCAUAUAUUUGCAUUUACUACUUUUUACGUGUUAUUGAUAGUGUCCUACACACAAAAAUAUUGUACAGGUGUUUUAAAGUGAAUUAUCAAAGAUAAUGCAUCCAGUAAUACAACAAAAUUAAACUACCCAAAGUAUCUCAGGAAAGAGUUUAUAUAAAGUAUGUUAUGAUUACACAAAUGUAUUAGAAUACUAGACUAUAAAUUAAUUUAUGGCCAAUUUUUCUUAGUUGCUUUGCCAAGAAAAUAUUGUAUUGCUGUCACUGAGUGCCAUGGUUGAAGACAGUUUUUAAUAGAACCAUGUUGUUUACUCUUUGUAGUAUUUGUUGUUUGUUUAAACUGUUUUUAAACUGAUGGUGUGAUAUGAAAAAUACCUCGGAGAAGGUUUUAGUAUAAACUUUAUAUAACUUAAGCAAGCUCCUCAAUAUUAUAAUAUAAAUAUUUUAAACACCUGGAUGAAGUUACAAAUGUCUGUUAGAUGGCUCCUUGUUACUUCUACUUCAAGCAUUAUUCAAAAUAUCUGAUGUAUUAGUGGAUUAUGUAUCAGAAUUGACUUUGCAUCCUGAAUGCUAACUGAUCAAUGUUCUGAACAGGACCAAACUGUUCAUUAUAAUGGGGGCUGAGAUGUGGAAUCCUUUUUGGUUUUUCUAUGAGAUGGCAAAAGGGACUGAAGAUUUUUUUUUUUUUUUUUUUUGUCAAGGAGGCUCUGCAGCCAGCACUAGCUCUCUGCUGACUUAUGGUGUUCCACAAUGGCCUUUAAGUGCUGAAUGUUUUUAAAAAUAAAUCCAUUCCAAAUUGGUUGAAAUUUCUGGUAAACUCAACUUUCCAUUGUGCCUUGGUGGAAAAUAAUGCUUAAA